AUGAUGCCGCUACUCAGCAUUAUCCUAACUGCUUUCAUCGCACAAGCAGCGGCCCUCACGAACUUCGACCAGUGGGAGCACGGCCGUGUCGCCUUAGAAGAUGUCAGCAUCCACUUCCGCUACGCCGGCUCCGGCCCUCCCCUACUGCUCGUCCACGGCAACCCCCAAUUCAGCCUGACAUGGCAGUUCAUUGGUCCGAUCCUCGCGCAGAACUACACCGUCAUCGCCGCAGACAAUAGGGGCGCCGGCGACUCCAGCAUCCCGCCCGACGGUAACUACAGCGCCACGGCAUCGGCCGGCGACCUCAAGGGCGUCUUGGAUUUUUUGAACAUUUCCUCGACGUACGUCUUUGCGCACGACAAGGGCGUCGGAGUUGCGGCUGCGCUGGCGGUCCAGAAUCCGGGCCUCGUCAAGAUGCUGGGACUGGCCGAGUACGUGCUCCCCGGGUUCGGGUACGAGGCGGUGUCGACUCCCGCGCCGUACUGGGACUUGUACCAGAACCCGCAGCUCGCGAUCUUCCAGGUGCCGGACCUUGCCGAGUUCCUGAUCGCCGGGAAGGAGAAGGGAUUCCUGGAGUGGUACUUCUAUCACGGCAGCUACGCUGGGGUGACGGCAUUCACUGAGGACACGGUCAAUCGCUAUGCGUCGAGUAUAUCGAAACCCGGGUUUUUGAGGGCGAUGCUUGGACCGUUCGUCACUGCGUCGAUCACGGCGGACUCGAGCUUCUUCAAGGGGACGCUGGGGUCGGCUCCGCUGGGCAUGCCGGUGCUGGGGAUGGGCGGAGAGGCAAGUUUCGGUAUCGAGGCCAAUUUGCAUCAGGUCUUUGACCCGAUCGCGACAGACUUGGAGAUCGCUAUUGUUCCCAAGGCAGGACAUUGGAUCGCUGACGAGAAUCCCGUCUGGGUCGCGGACCGCGUGCAGCAGUUCUUGGCCAAGGACACUUCUGCCCUGCCAGCUGUGGACCUGUCGUAUCUCAAGGACAGGGUCACCCUGACUGUCGGCUACUAUGGGACAUUCAGGAACGCUGCUUUGGGAGGUCUGACACUAUCAUGA